CAACCCUCCUAACAAAGGGAGAAUCAAGAAAGAAUCGAGUAUCUGUCUCUAUACACCUGGAUGAAGCUCGUCUACUCGCCGAUACCAGCCCGCAUAAUUCUGUGUGUAGCUGCCCUUCUAGUCCUGAAAUCUUUGUCAACCUCAAUUUCUGAACGCUGCAAUCCUGAAUUCUCAUACGAUCCUCUUUUCCUAUUCAUAUUGUUUAACGCCAUAACCGUUGCUGUCAUUGUUGGGAUCAAUAAGCCAUCUAUAGAUGAAAUUGAUGGAUUCUUCCCACAUUCGUGCUCGUUAUAUGAAGGACCUUUUAUUAAUAGUACAGAAAAGUAUAGUGAUGUUGAUGACUUUGAAGAUGAUACUCCUAGUUCCGAUGGUUACCACGCAGAUGAGGAUGAUGACGAUGGUCAUCACGAAGAUGAGGAUGAGGAUGACAGUUGCAAUGAUGAAGAAGAAUCUGAUGAUUUGCAGAAAAGAAUUGAAGAUUUCAUCGCAAAGGUCAUCAAUGGAUGGAGGGAGGAGAAAUUAAGGGAGAGCUUGUGAACAGCUAUGGAUUGGGUAACUAAACGAACCACCAGACUGUUUU